AUGGAGGAAGUGAAAGAAGGGAUUGAUGUGGUAGGUGAAUACCUUCUUGAACAGCGAGACGUGGAAAUUAAUGUCCGUGAUAAAUGGGACAGUACACCUCUGUAUUAUGCUUGCCUCUGUGGACAUGAGGAGCUUGUACGCUAUCUCCUAGCCAAUGGAGCAAAAUGUGAGGCAAACACUUUUGAUGGGGAGCGUUGUUUGUACGGAGCUCUGAGCGACGCCAUCCGCCGCCUGCUGAAGGAGUACAAGCAGAUCACAGCCAAGUGCAUGAAGAGAGACUACUACGAUGUCUUCCUUCAGAGGCUGCUGGAGCAGGGUUACCAAAGUGACAUUGUUUUCAUUGUUCAUGGCAAAUCCUUCUGUGCCCACCGCUGCAUUCUCAGCGCUCGCAGCGCCUACUUUGCUGAAAUGUUUGAGACCAAAUGGAAGGGGAAGAACAUGAUAGUACUGAAGCAUCCACUGAUUAACCCAGCAGCCUUUGGCUCUCUUCUACAGUAUCUGUACACAGGUCGUCUUGAUAUUGAUGUAGAAUAUGUAAAUGAUUGCAAGAGGUUGGCCAAGCAGUGUCGGCUGCAGGACCUCAUAGAUGAUUUGGAGACCAAAUGUAAAAAAGUCUAUGAAUUUGUCUCUUCCAAGCCAGGGACCUGUGUGAAAGUGCUGACGAUUGAGCCCACAGGUAACUGCCGGCUGCAGGAAGAUCUGGCUCUCCUGGCAGACUGCGCCUUGCCGGCCGAACUGCGGGUUGGCUUUGGGGAGUUGCCGUUUGACAGCACCGACAACUUUGAUAGUUGCCCCGAUGUGUGUUUCCGAGUGGCAGGUUACAACUUCUUGUGCCAUAAGGCAUUUUUCUGUGGUCGUAGUGAUUAUUUCAAAGCCCUCCUUGAAGACCAUUUCAGUGAGAGUGAGGAGCUGCAGACACAGCCCAGCAUCCCUGUGGUGACCCUUCAAAACAUCUCAGAAGACAUCUUCAUCCGGGUCCUCUACUACAUCUACAGUGAUGAUACAGAGCUGUCCCCAGAAAAUGCCUAUGAGGUGCUGUGCGUGGCAGACAUGUACCUGCUGCCUGGGCUCAAGCGCCUUUGUGGCAGAACGUUGGCCCAGAUCCUUGAUGAGGACAACAUUGUCAGCAUCUGGAGGAUUGCAAAGCUGUUCCAGCUGACCCGGCUGGAGGACCAGUGCACAGAGUACAUGGCAAAGAUCAUUGAGAAGCUGGUGGAGUUGGAGGAGUUUGUGGCUGCUGUGAAGGAGAACGCGGAAGCUGUGGAGGAGCGGCAGGAGACUGACUCCAUCCCUCUGGUCGAUGACAUCCGCUUCCACAUCACCAGCAAUGUUCAGACUUACAGUGCCAUUGAGGAAGCCAACCAGAAACUUGAAGCUCUGGAAAACCUCCUGGCCAGUAUAGGGCUUGAGUGCUGAUGUGUGCAAACCCUGCCUGUUGUAUGCAGCCUGCGUUGGCUUGGAGUGCAAGAACAUCCCAGUCUCUCAAUGUUUCUCUCCUUCUUUGUCCUCCUUC